UAAUUAUGUAUAUAUACAAAUUGGAAGUUGAAAGAGUAGGAACAAAGUUUUCUCCCGUCGUGUAAAAGAAGAAAGUUAACGAAACAAAGCUUCUGGCUUGCUUUAUCGUAGACAUUCGCCUUGAAUAGUCGCGCCCAGCAGGGGGAGUUUUCCCUGGAGCUAAGAUCGUAAAUAUUAACAAGCUGACCGGGCAGUCACGCAUGUCAAUAGGUCAAACAAAUCGGGCGAAUUUGUGAACGACUAUCUCUCUAAUUUCACGGCGUCGCUCAAUACAAGCUCAGGCUGUGUUAGGAGGAAUAUCUACACAGAAGAAACACUUUCAACAACACUUGACACGGCGUCGAUGCGGUAGAAAGGGGAAUAAUCGGGCAUCCAAGUCGCGGGGCAUAUUGAAUUACUCCAAGUCUGAAAGAAGUUUGUAAAAUCAUUGUUGGUGUUCAAAGUGGUAAGAUUUCUGAAGUCCGAAGGCUCGUGGGAUAAUGAAACGAACGUGCGAGUACAGUUUGCCUUCUUUGGAGGAGGAAUUUGAAUCCAAGACACCCAGAUUGUUACUACGGAUCUCCAACGGUCAGAUCAAGCAACCGUUGAAAACCGAAUCGUAUUCGGAGGACGACAGCCCGGGAUCUGACAGUGAUGCCGAACUGGCGACAGUUGAAAACAAUUGUGAGAUUUGUGGAGAGAUCGUGGACACCGAACAGUUUCAAUUGCCUGGGAAACGAUACUACUGUAGCUACGAGUGUUUGGAAGUUGAUGCAAAGGAUUGCAGAGACGACAGCGAGAGUGGUGAAAAUGAGGUGUUUUUGAGUAAGGAUGACAACGAUUACCUCGCCGAUGAACAAGUUCAAAAGACCAAUCGUGAUAUGAAAAGAUACGGUUCAACUGCAUCAGCGCAAGAGCUUCUCGGCUGUUCCACGCCUGGUUGUGAUGGAAAAGGCCAUGCUAAUGGGAAAUUCUCUACACACAGAAGCGUCCAAGGUUGUCCAAACGUUUCCAAGGAAGAAAAUAGAAAAGCUCAACUAAAUUCCGAGGGUCAAGAUGAUAAAACAUUUCGCCAUUUCUUCUCACGAUGUCCUACGAAAGGUUGCGACGGAACUGGGCACAAGUCAGGCCUCUACGCCACUCAUAGAAGCCUCUACGGAUGUCCCAGAAGAACGGCUAAAAAAGCAUAUAACUUCGUCAUUGAAGGGGGAAGCUCGUUGAAAUGCCCUGUUCCUGGCUGCGACAGCUCUGGUCACAGAACCGGUCUUUACACUUCGCACAGAAGAGCGUCUGGCUGUCCUCUGGCCGCAGCAAGGAGACACUACGAACGGCAGUUAUCACCUUCAACUAAAACCAAACGAGGUCGUCGCCCUUCCAUAUUGAACAUGGGCCAAGGUGUUCUUCAAGACAGUCCAACUUCUCCAGACUCAGGAAUUUCAUCGGGUUCCAGUCUCGAAGACCUUAACUCGGCCAAGAAGGACGUAAACACAGGUUCCCCCAAAGAAAAGGUUCAUUUCACAUUCCCUCGACCGGCAGAGAGUAAUCCAGGAAUACCUUUCUCAGCGACAAUGGUUCGACCAAGUAGAGUUGCCAGCCCUCUGUCAAAUUCAACCCCCGGAAAUACAGCUUCAAUGAGUUCUGUUGUCUGGAGUGUUGGUUAUCAAAGUCCGAUUGCCCCCACCGGGAUCGCCACCAGUGUCGUACAAACUGCGCACAUCAAGCAAGAACCCAGGGGGGUGAAGUCAGAGGAAGGAGACAAAGAUCUGAUGUGUUCCGAUGAAGAAUUCUCCGAUGAAUCCAGCGGUUCUGAGGAAUUUAUUCAAGAGCCACGCCAUCAGUUCAGUUUGCCAAUGCCUGAAAGACAGGAGAAACUAGCAACUGAAGUCAAGACAGAACCAACUAACGACGACGAUGCAAGCAACGAAUAUAAUAAAAUGAUUGAAGUUUCAUCAAACAGUAGAAAUCUGCCCAAUACCUCAGCGGACAAUGGACAACCACGACAGCCUGAGCAUACAGAAGUAAGAUGUCCCACUGUGGGUUGUGAUGGCACUGGUCACGUUACUGGACGCUUUGCUUCUCAUCGUAGUUUGUCUGGCUGUCCUCUGGCGCCCAAGUCAACACCAGUGAAGACUGAAACAGAUAACAACAAUCCCGAAAGAGCGCUGUGUCCGACCCCAGGUUGCGAUGGUUCAGGUCAUGUAACUGGUCAAUUCCAAUCCCACAGAAGUUUAUCCGGGUGUCCAAGAGUGUCGGUGGAAACGAAGAAGGAACUCAUGAGACGUGAAGUGGAAAUCAAGUUAGCGUGCGGGGAUAAUUCACCGGAGGUUGGUCCUAAACCAAUCAAAAUGCAAGCUGAACAACACAUCGAUCGCGUACGAGAGAUCGAGAAUUUGGACAAAGAAAUUCGCAUCCUCAAGGCGACGAACGACCAGUGCACGAAGGAGAACUUCGAGCUACGAAAAUCCAUUUCAGAGAUGGAAAAUCAACUGAAGUCGAGCGAGGAGGAAGUGGAAGAGAUGAGGACAGGUCACAGCAUCGCACGCACCAAACUAGUCAUCUUACAAACUAAAUUCAUCGCCAGUCUCUCGAGCGUCAUGCACAACAUUUCUGGCACAGGUAACCUAAAUUACAACACUUUCGAUAACUGCAUCGAUAUUCUUAGCGAAGUAUUUUCUCAACCCGAGCUGAACGCGGUUGCCAUACGACAAGUCAAGGAGGCCCUGAGCGAUUUUAAUAUUUAAUUUGUUUUAGUUUUAACUUCCAGGAAUGCGCGCAUUGUGAACGAGCGGCAGACGUUUUAACACGCAUGCGCAUAUCCACGUUUCCUGUUAUAAGAGAUCUGUAGGGUAGCAGCGUCUUUAGAAAUCUUACCAUGAAAUAGGUCCAGCGACUGGCUUCUAAGCUAUACAGGAAAACUUCGGGACGUUUCGACAUAUAAUUUCAUCACAGAAGCUAGAAAUAUGCCAACUUUCAUCAGGGAGGUUAGAUAUAAACCAUCAAUGAUUAUGGCUACUUUCCUGCAUUGGUCGAAACGUUGAGAAGUUUUCUUUUAUAUUUGACGCAGUUUUUUGAAACUAUUUCAUGAGAAGAUAUUCACAUGCAGACUGAAUUCAGUUCGAGGCCUUAGGUUGUAGAAGUGAAAUGUAUUUUUCGCGCGCAAAGCUUUAUUAUAUAGAACUGCGCUCAGACUAGUGUUCACAAUGUAUAGUCAUUCUAGGAAGUUAAAGACUGAUUGUAGCCUUAGUAUCUCAUAUGUGACAUUGGAAUUUGGAAAGACAGUUUUCACCCUCGAAGAGAGUGUCUUUCAUAGCAAACGAGGUCAGUUGCUAGAAAUAAGACGUUUUCUUCGAGUUCAUGAGCUGGUUAUUAUUCCAGAAGUACUUUCGCAGACCAUUGAUAACUAGUAAUCGAUACGAUGGUUACUAUAUUGUACAUAGAAGGGCUAAAAUCCUGGGUCUGAGAUAAUAGGUGUGAUUAGAAUAACUACGGUCUAAUUAAAGAUUACCUCGGAUAUUGAUCAGGGACCAGAUUGUUCGAAAGGCGGAUAAGCCAUUGUUUAAAAAUACUCUUGAUACAUCUUGUGAAUGAGUGAACCUGCGUCUUAUGCAUUAAAUAUGUAC